AAAAUCCAUUCAGUGCUCGGCAUGAAACGUCUUCUAUUUCUCUUUCUGCUUGCUGGUAUUUUAAUAAACAAUCAUGCCCUGCAGCACAACGAGACCAUUGACUUGAAAAAGUUGGCCAAAAUAGUGCUGCCUCCGGCUUAUCAAACCCGUGUUAUUGGUGGUCGGGUGACCACCAACGCGAAAUUGGGCGGAUACCUGGUGGCAAUGCGGUACUUCAAUAAUUUCAUCUGCGGCGGUACUUUAAUCCAUGAGCUCAUUGUCCUCACGGCGGCGCACUGUUUUGAGGACCGAGCAGAAAAGGAAGCCUGGAGCGUGGAUGGUGGCAUCUCCAGACUCAGCGAAAAAGGCAUUCGUCGUCAAGUUAAGCGCUUCAUUAAGUCGGCCCAGUUUAAAAUGGUCACCAUGAACAUGGACGUGGCUGUGGUGCUACUGAAUCGACCGAUGGUUGGAAAAAACAUCGGAACUCUAUCCUUGUGCAGUACGGCCUUGACUCCGGGACAGACAAUGGACGUAUCCGGCUGGGGAAUGACAAAUCCGGAUGACGAGGGUCCGGGGCAUAUGCUCCGCACGGUAUCAGUACCUGUGAUUGAAAAAAGAAUAUGCCGCGAAGCCUAUCGGGAAUCAGUCUCCAUAUCGGAUAGCAUGUUUUGUGCCUCAGUUUUGGGAAAAAAGGAUGCUUGCACCUACGACUCAGGAGGUCCCUUGGUUUACGAAAAACAAGUCUGCGGCAUUGUGUCCUUUGGGAUCGGAUGUGCGAGCAGGCGUUAUCCCGGUGUCUAUACGGAUGUUCAUUACGUAAAGCCAUUUAUUGUAAAAGGCAUCAAAGCUUUGCUCUCCCGUUCCAGGUAACUGAAAUAAACUUUUUGCAUUAAGAUACUGCAAU